AUGAGCAGCCUGCGUGGUGCCGUCGCCGAUGCUGACGAUGCUUCAAAAUUCUUUGAGACGCGGGUUCCAAUCAAACGUAUCCGUAACCUUAGAGAUCAACAGGCAACUCGGAAGAACAUCUUGAAGGAACUGGAAUCUCUUGCGACAAACGACGCCAUUAAGAAGAACGACCCUAUCAUUAUCUUCUUUGCUGGGCAUGGGGCUCUGGCAAAGCUUCCUGAGGGAUGGAACACCGGGGGGCGCGAGCACGGACGAGUGCAGUUGCUUUGUCCCUAUGGUUUUCUUCCGGAGGCAAAUAUUGACAUGCGAAAACAAGGUAUCCCCAGCCUUACCUUGGCCAACGUGCUCAAUGAUAUAUCUCGGGCUAAAGGCAAUAAUAUUACGGUUAUCCUAGACUGUUGUUACGCUGGCGGGGGAGCUCGGCACGAAGAUGACGAUACGUACAUCAUGAAACGCAGUGUGGAUCUCGACAAUGACUAUAUCAUCCUGCCCACCAUCCUGCCCACCAUCCUGCAACAUCAGGCUACGCCGUCUACAACCACUUCCAGUCCAGAAUUGGACGAACAGGUUGCUCGUGCGCACCAUCAAAAGUUCGACCCGAGGACAUCGGGAUUUUGGUCUAGCAUCGUCCUGGCCGCAUGCAAAGACACAGAGGUCAGCUUAGAAGAGAAUGGACGUGGACGUUUCUCCAAAGCUCUCUUCGAGGCGCUCCGCGCUGCUGGGAAUGCUGGUGAGCUGGAUGGGUUAACAUACGAGAGCCUUAUUGAUCGUCUAUCUAUACUUGAUCGCCAGAAUCCUCAAUGCAUAGGCGGUGACAAAGCCAGGCUCUUGUUCAGUUUCAAGACAUUCGAUUCUCUUGUAUAUUUCGAGGUCACGAAGUCAGAGCACGACGGGAUAUUCCACCUGAAUGCUGGCGAGGCUUCCGGAAUCAAUACCGCGGCCCGCUUCAAUGUCUACGGCAGCAAAAGUAUCGAAACACAACUUCUUGCCACCCUCACCGUCAUAAAAACCACCCACGACUCCGCUGACUUGAAGCCCACAGACGGCUAUUCGGAUUUCCACCUCCCUCCGUCUGGAGUGGCCUAUGCUCGGCAAAUUCACGGACAAGGUUCGGCGGAGAGCUUGAAGCUAGUUAUUCCUCCAGGGAAGCCUCUCCUGACCAGAGUCAGCGCUCUAGUCAACGAUGCGCAUUCGAAUGGGAGGCUCAGGGUCCUUCCUGACAUGAGGUUGGUGAUGGAUGGAGACGAUACGGUUGCCUUCGAGGUCAAGAACGGCAUCUGGAGGGACCAGAAUCUGAAAACCCUGUACUACAAGAUUCAGCGAUACACAUCCGACAUCCACCCCAGAAAAACUUCUGCACGGCUACAAUACCGAGUCCGCUGCCGCAAAACCUCUGAAACCUCCAAAUAUGAUGACGACACGUUCGACGACGUAUUUGACGACGAAGACUCUGCCAACAUCCGCUUCGCCGACAGAGUAUUUAGUGUCAUAUCGAGCGCGGCAAACUUUUACUUCCACCUCUCUCGCGAACCGACCAAAGCCAAUCCCGAUGAGCCCAUUGCAGAUGUUCGUCUCGAAUGUUUCGAGCUUGAUGAGGUUCGCAAUGGGCCCAGCCUCAAGAGAUUCACCCGAGAGAAGGACCCGAAGACUAAUCUCAUCGAUAAUGGUGCAUUGAACGUAUCCGUGUCAGUAAAGAAGGUUCUCGGUUUCAAGAUCAUCAACGGGACCGACGUUCCCCUUUACGCCGCUUUGUUUUACUUUGACAUGAGCGAUCUGAGCAUCAUGUCUUAUUACGAACCGAGCUUAGCGAAAGGUAGCAAUGCACAACAAUGCAUCCCCGCUGGAGGCGAGCUCACUGUCGGCUAUGGAUCAGGAACCGGGCGUCCUCGCAGAUACGCUCUUAGAGAUGGUCAGACAAUCGAUGUCGCAUACCUGAAGCUGUUUUAUUCGACGAGAUGGGUAGAUUAUUCAAGAAUCAAACAGUCGUCUCCAUUUAGUCAGGAGGCUCGUUUUGGAGACCAGAUCAAAUCGAACGAUAUGGUUGCUCCAGUAUGGAACACCAUCUCUGUUCGUUUCACCCAGACCACCUGA